AUGGCCGAAUCAAAAUCGCCGCCUUCCUCAGGCCAACAAACUGACGUCGCACAACAACCAUCACACCCGGAACCACAGACUCAGGCGAUACCAGAGUCGUCAGAGGCUCCUUCAGGAUCUGCCACCCCAGCAAAUAAUCAACAGGUCACCGCAGAAGCAGCAGAGACUGCAUCGGCACCACCAUCGCUGCCGCAACCGUCACAGCCACAGCAGCCGCAGGAGCAGCAAAAUCCCGUGCCUCAGGCAUCAGAACCCGCGACCACACCAGACACAACCGGGUUGACACGACAUGCUUCGGCUGGUGAUGAUGUUGAGAUGAGCACGGAUCCUAACGACAGUACACCGCACCAGCACCAGCACCAGCAACAACGCCAGCAGCAGCAGCAGGAAGACGUAGUCAUGGGCGGAACUGAGACUGCCACUGGCUCUAGUGCCAGCGGCGGAGGGAACAACAAUGCAGCGGCAAAUGGAGCAACUGCCGGUGCGACUGCAACGUUGGAGGCUAAUGGCCUUGGAGGGAAUAUGCUGAAUGGAAUAGAUUCGAUCGCACCGCCGACUAAAAAGCAUACUAGCCUACGGGAGUUCCUGGGACAGAUGGAUGAAUACGCUCCUAUCAUUCCCGACGCCGUAACAGCUCACUAUCUCACUAUCGCCGGUCUCCCACCUCCCGGCAACGGGCCCAACCAAACCCCACCCCAUCUCGCCCGCCUCCUCGCCCUUGCAACUCAGAAAUUCAUCGCCGACAUUGCUGCAGAUGCAUACCAAUAUUCUCGCAUCAGAGCAUCCAAUAGCUCCUCAUCAAAUAACCCCAUGGGCGCAAUCAACGUGACUGCAGGCCUCAACGUGGCUGCUGGUCAGGGCGGCAAUGUUGCUGGAGGCAGCGGACAAGGCGGAUCGGGUGGUGGAGAACAGCAAGGCAAGGGAAAGAGCGGCGCAGCGGGUUUGCACCUGGGAGUUCAGAGAGCUGGUUUUGGCGGUGGUGGACAGGGAGGCGGACAGGGAAAGACCGUGCUUACGAUGGAAGACCUCGGUAUGGCGGUCGGAGAGUACGGGGUGAGUGUGAAGAGAGGAGAGUUCUAUCGAUGA